AUGACUGUCAUCUCUUUGUAUGGUGCUGGAAAUUUUGCCUGUGGCACGGCACCACCAGGCUGCUGGAAAUUCUGUGGCACGGCACCACCAGGCGCACUCAAGCACUGGAUAUCAGACCUCAUCAUCAUCAUGAUUGUCAGCUGUAAUAACCAACCACUCGUCGUACAGUGGUUGGAGUUGCCGCAGUUCCGUUCACCGAUGAUUUGGGGGGAGGGGGGAGUGUGCGACUUUACCCCCAGACCGCCCCGUACCACGAUUACUCGUAGUGCGGAGUCUCGCUCCUCUUGGUCUGGCUGCUCCCCUUUGGCCUUCCUGGCAUGGUUGCACCUUGUGGAACGAAUUCCCAGCCAGUGUAGCCCGCCGGAUAAUUGCAGCAUUCAAGCCCGACCACUUCGUCAAGGUGGCAGCUUUAGGUUGGGGAUAUCAGACCUAACAGUCGCAUUGCUUAAAUCUCGAACCCAGCCGGCCCGGAACACAACGUGA